AUGAAGGUUUUUUUCUUCGUUCUAACAUUGGCAACAUCUCCAAUUGUCGCGCAAGAAGAUGAAUCGCAGCGAUUGAAGAGACUCAACCCCUAUGGGCUCCUGCCGAGCCGGAGCUAUAACAUCCAGUCGAUCUUGGACUCGUUCGAAGUCGAGCCGAAUACGAUUAUACGGACUGCGGACUCGAUCAACGCUGGAGCCCGAUACCUGAACGAAAGUCAGAAGCGGAGCAGUGCCGAGUGUUCCCUGUUUUGUUACGAUUUCUCGGAUUGCAAUGCCGCUGUUUUCGAGGAAAAGAAUUCCGGAGCGUGUUACUUGUUCGACUGUGGUACAAACGGCCGGCUCUGCCGAUUCACUACUCACUCGGCCUAUACAGUUUCUCGGUUGACAACCCGCUCCCGGCAUGAAAACGAACUCGUCUCUCUGAAACACGCUGGCCACGGCCAUGACGGCGACGCGAUCAAGCCCCUAUCAACAACUCCGUCGUCGACCACAACCAGCUCGACAACAACGACAACCACAAGCACCACCACUACGACGACCACAACAACGAGAAAACCUGGUUUGUCUCAUUGCGACGAGCAUCAGUUCAAGUGCGCAAAUAGCUCCGAGUGUAUCGCGAUCUACGACGUUUGCAACGGAAUCCCCCAGUGCUCCGAUGGGAGUGAUGAGGCAGAAACUCUCGACUGUCACGCUCGCGACGGCAGACAGAUGGCGAAACAGGUCGACAUCGGGGAUCAACUUGUCUACGACAUAAUUCGGCCCGUCAUACAGGAAAAACUCCAGGAGAAAGAGGAUUCUGUUUUCCGUCGACCGGGAGUCUACGAAGAAACCCGGUCGCGGGAAUACCCGCAGUUCAGGAACGAUAUCUAUCGGAACCAGCAGCAGCUUUCCAAUGAUUACGCUGAUUCCUACGCUUCGGGGAGACGUUAUCCACAACAGCCCUCCGGCAUUUAUCCGCAACAGAACGAAUACCAGUCCAGGUACGAAGAAAGUCAGCCUUACGGGACCGGCUAUUAUGCGAGCUCCAACGGUUUGCAACGGAACAACUUCGACGCAGGCCAGGACUUCCAGAGCAACUAUGUCCCAGCAUACAGUCGAGAGCAGAACGUCAGAAAUCUUCUGGACCGUCGUCCGGACGCUGUUUCUCAGGACAAGAUCACUUUCGGGAAGCCGAGAUACUCCCCGAGCGGCCACAUGUACCCCCAGGGACUUGAAUCUGAAAAGCAAUUGCAACUCGCUAAGUCUCGGGACACAUUGGCAUCGAUACCGGCGGAGCCAUCGAAGCUCGAUACACCCCAGAAUAUCGGGAGUUACGAACCGAAACCCAGACGUCGGCCAGGUAACUUUAUGGACGAACAACCCCCUCCGCCGCCACCGCAAGCACCGCAACAGCCACAGAUAUCGCAGCACCCGGUUCAGGCGAGUUCCCCUCCAGCCACGAGAAAACCCGAACCGAACCCUCCUGAGAAACAAAUCGCGAACAUGCACAUCUCAGUCACCCAGGUCGAAACCAAGGGCGUAUCUUCGAGUACCUCCGGCGCUGUAGUCGGCUUAGCCCUGGGCAUCUCGAUGAGCGCUCUUUUCCUCCUUGUGAUCGGAUGCCGAUUGAACAUGAGGCGUAAACUUCUCCGAUGGCGUGGAGGAAGUAAAAAAGGUCUCAGCCUCCUGGCUCCGGAAGACGACGAAGACUAUCUCGUAAACGGAAUGUAUUUGUAAACGUUUGCUAAUUGUUCCGUCGAAUGUUGAUCUAUUUGUGUACAGAAACUUUGUCCAGUAGCUGCGGUAGCAGCUGUAGAGUCACUCGCCGAGAACAAUUCUCCGUCAAGCAUGGCGGAGACGCCCUCGGAUCGGAGCUUCUCGGCCGGUUCCUAUUUCCGUUUUUCAAUCGGCUGACCCGGACUGAUGGACUGACAAUACCCCAACCCCCUCUCCUUAACUCUCUUCCCUCCCCUCCUGCCCUGGGAUUCAGCGGCUCGAAGGGGAAACACUUCUGAUUUGCUACGUUGCGCGAUGUAUGAUACGACUUGUUCUUGAUAAAGUUUUGAGUUUUCCCCUCUGGAGGAAGUAUCAACAACCGUUAAGCAAAGUGGGCACCCGCCGCAGGAGCAGCAAUCGUCGCAAAAUUCUGUCGGAUUUCCCGUCGUGAUUGGUGAAUUCGGUCCGACUCAUCACGAGGCAGAUAAUACAAUAACAUAGUUCAAUGCCAGAUGCUUGCCGGUUCUCUAGCCGGACAGAGGUCG